AAUGAGGGUACACAGGUGGGGCGGGUCAGAUGUGUGGAGGCUUAAGCUUUAAUCUUCAGAGGGUUUAAGCAAGCACAGGAAAACCGCCUUCGUCAGGUAGGAGGUGACACACGCGGCUACUCUGUAUGGAGCAGGACUGGCACCGGCUUUACUGCAACGGGCAAUAUAUAGCUGUUUACACAUGGCGGUAUCAAUUUAACAGCAUUCUUCAUACUCCUGACCGUGUAAUCUGUUUUUUCCCCAUUUUUUUCACCUACUUUUUACAUUACUCCAUGUGGUAAAAUUACGGGCGUUUUCAACCUUCCUGAUCAUGUGCGCUGCGUGCUUCCCCCCACCAGCAGGUCUUCCUUCCCGAUCUCUUUCAGUCUUAUCAUCUUGCUGGUCCUUUUGAUCUACCUUGGCAACCUUCCACGUGGUAGUAUUAGUGCUAUUAUAAAUCUCUCCCUUCCUGUUAUUGGUGUUAUUGGUGACAGUUAUUGUCUUCAGAUCUAUUUUUCUACUUCUCCACCUUGCUGUACCUCCUGAGUUGCCUUUUCUCCCUCCACGUGGUAGUAUUAGUGCUAUUAUGAAUCUCUCCCUUCCUGUUAUUGGUGUUAUUGGUGACAGGUAUUGUUUUCAGGUCUAUUUUUCUACUUCUCCACCUUGCUGUACUUCCUGAGUUACAUUUUCACCCUCCACGUGGUAGUAUUAGUGCUAUUAUGAAUCUCUCUCUUCCUGUAGGUUGUUUUAUCGGUGACAGGUAUUUUGCUAUCUUUCUGUCUUCCUCUACCUAUACAACCUUCCACGUGGUAGUAUUAGUGGUAUCCUGCAGGCAGCGUGAUGGUCGGCGGACUCCCCAGCAGCGCCUUCCCUUCAGUCAACGCCGCGAGUGUGAAUCUUCUGCUAACUUCCGCUCAAAUAGUAAACGUCAUCAGCAUUUUUCUUCUUUUUUUUUCACGUCUCCUUCCCCCUUGCCACGUUAUCAAGUUCCCCUUCAGCGGGUGCAGGAACCUUGGGUAUUUUGUGUCGUCAGAGGAGGGCGGUGGUGGUGACGACACUCGGCUCAGCAAGAGGCGCUACUCGGCUCAUCACCGCCACAGUCUCAAUCCGUCGACGCCAGCCUCUUGUGUACAUCCUCCUGGGUUUGGGUGAUCUACACGAGACCUGUCGACACAGUUUAUUGGUUUUGACUUUUCAUUUGUUCGUGUGAUGGCUGUGUGUUUUGCUAGCGGCCGCACAUGAUGAGAAAUGUUUACACAGCAUCAGCUCACUGACGUACAUAUACAAAAAUGUUUCCCACUGGCUUGCGCAGACUUCCACACAGUUUCACACGCGGCUAAGAACUGGGUCGUGUAGCGUGUAGUCUGGGCGGCGGGGCGUUGAGGGCAGCGAGGCGUGGGUGUGCGGGUGUCUCCUCCACUCAAGGGCGAUGGCGGGUGGUCAGAGGGAGGCGGUGCAGACCAGGCAAUGUCAUAAAGAGCAACAAAGUCACCAUCGGGCGAACGAAGAGCACUGUAUCGCCUCCACAUCUUUCUUCUUCCUCUUGAUUGCCACCCGGACGGCGGAAAUUCUCGACCAAUCAACACACGAGUUUCUUGCUCUCAGGAGAAACCGAGCCAAUCAGGAGAAAGAUAAGCACACGAGUUGCUACUAUUGGUCGCACAGGCUGGCUGGAGGUCCGCGGAGGAGGGACGCACCGCCCCCCGCCCUCGCCACCCUCCGCGCGGGGACAGAAGGGCGAAAAUGCCGCCUGGGGGAGAGUUUCGAGGCAGCGCUGGCCCCGAGGUGGUGUCUGAAGAAGCCAUUAUUGUGACAAGGCGAGGAGUGAAGUAACUUGUGGGUGGGCGGGAUGAUUUAUUAGGCGAUGAAAGCUUCCGACUGCCACACUAACCACAAAUUGGUGCACGCGACACCCGGCCAUUCGUCACUCCGCAGCACCACCAGCUUCCUCCUCCCCCUCCUCCUCCUCCUCCUCCUGCACCCUCUGGACUAAGCGGCGAGUCCUCCACCGCUAAGGAUACCGCGCGAGAAUCCUACAGUGUGCAUUCAGUGAGCGAAGUGAUCCUGCAGUGACAGAGACAUGAACAGCGACACUGCCUGGCCGGCCGCCUCCUAGCGUGACCCGCCAGUGUGCCAACCAUGCAGGUCUUGUAGAACCCGCGACACACAGGAAACCACAAGACACACAGCUGAGCGAGGCGUGCGGGCGUGCGGGCGUGGUGGAGGGGAUGAAUGGCGUGGGCGGGGGUGGGGGUCUCGGCUACCCCACCACGGAAAAGGGCGCCCGCAAGCCGAAAUGUGCCCGCUGCAGGAACCACGGCAUGAUCAGCUGGCUCAAGGGACACAAGCGCCAUUGCAAGUUUAAGGACUGCACCUGUGCCCGCUGCAACCUGAUAGCGGAGCGGCAGCGGGUCAUGGCAGCGCAGACUCGGAUUCUGGGCAUGGCUGGAGAAGUUGGACCCCGCGCCGCCGCCGUCCCCCACGAGCCGAGUGACGCGGGAAUGGCACCAGCUCGGCUCCCUUGGGUCGUGGCAGCGAGGGCGAGGUCCAAUCUCCCAGCGUCUGCCACACUCCCAUGUCCCCUCGACGUGGCGCUGAAGAGACAACAGGCAGCCGAGGACGCAAUUGCCAUCUCCUUCAGGGUGGCGGCGACAGGGACGGCUUGCCCUUACCUGCCGCAGGGCCCCAUCUUCGGCCUGCCCGUCACAGAGCCGCUGGUCAAGGAAGGCGAGGAUGGGCCAGAGGAGGAGCGACCGGAAAGUGUGACCUCUCCCACCAUCUCCCCCGCCAUGUCACCCACCUCCACCUCCACCACUACCACCGCUGGGGCGGCGGCCUCCGAGGAUGACACGGGUCACACGCCACCGCGGCCCUCUACCCACCACAUGGUCACCCACAUGGACCACGUGGCCGCCCAUAGCGGACCCUCUCAGGUGCCCGCAGAGCCGCCCCGGGAGGCGCCGCUCACACCUGCGGCGCCGCAGCCGGAGACGCGGCCCCCAACAGUGGAGGCUCCGGGGAUGAGCGAAUCUCCCGUGGACGCCCCGCAGAGUGCAGAGGGCGGCGCGGAGAGUCGCGAGGUGACGGAGGUGCGGCGGGAGGACGCAGCCUCUAUGGACGGCGUGGACAUCCUGCUGAGGAUCUUCCCGGGGGAGCGGCGCGGCGUGUUGGAGCUGGUGCUGUCUGGCUGCGGCGGCGACUUGCUGCGGGCCAUCGAACACUUCCUGUCUGUGGGCGAGGCGCAGCGGCGCCCCUCGGCCCCUGCGCCCCGCCCUUUGGACCACCCGCCGCGUCCACUCUCGCCACCCAAACCCAGCCUUGGCAGUGCUAAGUCUGCAUUCACGCCCUUAGCGGGCGGCGCGGCGCCCCCGCCCGCCCACCAGAAUUUCCUGGCAGGCGGUGUGGUGCCGCGCGUGCCCCUGUACGGCGAGGCUCGCUUCGCGCCGCCCUUGCUGCCCCUGUCCUACCCGCCCCUGCUGCCGCCCCUGCUGCCCGUGUUGCCGCCCCUGCCGCUGCACCGCCACUACCACCACGACUCUUCCCCAGAUCCCGCCGACGGGGACCUGGCGCGGCCGCGCGACCACCUCACCGAGUAUUCCAUGCGCCAUGACCUCCUGACACGCCCCGACCUGCGCCUCAACUUUGACCUGCGCCCUGACUUGCGUCUGCGGUCCCCAGCGGCCGAGGAUAGUGCCUAAGGCUCUCGCCGCCCGCCGUCCGCCGCUCCGCCCUUCUCUCCAGGACCUGUCCCUGCAAGACCAGAGAGACCAGGUGACGGUGUCGUCUGACCCGCUGACUAACUGACUAAACUGGCUGACUGUGUCACUUUAGAAGUACACACACACACACACACACACACACACACACACGCACGCACACAC